AUGUCAUACGUCGGAGUUGGUCCAGUGGUCGAGGUUGACUCCAUCGGCGAAGAAUCGGAUGUCAACGGCAGCCGAAAACGGAUCCGAUCAGACGCAGACGACAAGACGGACUCGAAAAAAACCAGAGACCACAUAUCGCAAGAGUUGGACGAACUAGGCGACCUGACCCUCCGUGUUGGCCCGGAGCAAUCAACCUUCAAAGUCUGCUCCAGAACCGUCGCGCGUGCAUCUCCGGUCUUCGUGAGGAUGCUUCACGGACGCUUCAAGGAAUCUCGCCCGGAGUCAAGCGAUUGGAUCGUGGACCUGCCCGACGACGACACCGAGUCCAUGCAGAUCAUGCUGAACAUGAUGCACGCGCGCUUCGACUGGGUGCCGCAGGGUAUCUCCAUACAAGACCUCUACGAAAUGCUGGUUCUCGUUGACAAAUAUGACGCCCUCGACGUUAUACGGCCGUGGGCCCGAGGAUGGGUUGAUUCCGUGAGUGAGGACCUGGAUCAGCCUGCGCUGCUUUGGAUAGCGUCGGAGUUGGGCGAUUCUGCGCUUUUUGGUAAAGUGGUCAUGGAGAUCGCGACAAAGUGGACGGUUGCCUUGGACGGCGCCAUCAUCCCUCGUCCCGCUCUUUUUUUCUGGGAACGGGCAGCUUACGUACAGAAAGUUGAGAAAGCUGGGCCGCUAUGGAUACCCGAGCAUGGAUACCAGGAGAGAACAAGCCCUGUGACUCUGGAUUUUAUGAGAAGUCUGAAGGCAUCAGAGCUGGCUGAAAUCAUCAAUCAUGCUCGCAAAGAACUGCUGAUGUUGGAACUUCUUCCAUAUUGGUCUGUUAUUCAGGAAAUCCACAACGGUGGUUACACGAAGAGACUCAUUGAUCCGGAAAUGAUGGAUGGAGAAAUGUGUCUCGAAUAUGCCAACGACCACUACGAUUGUGGCGCAACCCUACUAUCCCGCCUAUUGAAUGGUUUCCAUAGACUCGAUAGGCAGGAGCAACUUCCAGUUGGCAACGGCUUGCAAGGCUCAGGUUUCGCCCACCACUACCGAAAGACGGUCACAGCUUUGAGAGACACUCUGGCCAAGGCCACGUUCUUUGAAAUCGAAGACCCAAUGGCCUACGAAGGAACGACCUGCGAUGGCUGUGCGGAAUGGAUUGAGGCAACUUUACAGAAGGAGCAGGAAGCGAGAGAUUGGUCAAAGAUCCUGUCAUCGAUUCGCUCCGUCAGCGAGGACCACCAAGGAUACAUGGCGCAGCGAGGUGUGAGAACGGGACUCUAUGUUGAUAAGGCCGAGGACAAGAACUAG